AUGGCGAAGAACGGUAGACCCAUAGUUGAAGAAUGUAAUAUUCAAGAAUUUGAUAAAAGAAUGCGAAAGCAUAACAGAAUCAAUAAGAACAAGGAAAGAUUCGAGGAAACAAAUUUACCGAGUCCACCACCCGAUCCUUGGACGUCUCCGAGAUGCUCACAAGCCGUUCAUAAUUUAUCCGUAGAACCACCGCAAGAAGAAGACGACAUCAUUGCUUAUUUAGCGGGUAUUCGUACACCACCACCGUGCGAUAGUCGAAACUCUGAUUGUUUAUCAAGGAAUUCAGCGACAUCGACAAUGGCUGUGGCGAGUAUCUAUACGGAGGAAUCCUUCGAGCAACUGGACAGGAUCUACGAAAUGGCGGAGCAGAUACUGGAACUCCGCGAUCGUAGCUCGAAACUAUUCAAACGUGUCAGAGAAUUAGAAAGACUAAAGGUAUUGAGAACGGCGGAUUUGCGUGCGGAGAGAGCAAUUUUUGCUAAUAAAGACAUAAGUAGUGAUUUACCAGAUGAGGAUGCUGGCUUUGCCGAGUCUUUAUUGGACGCAAUAAUAUCGAGCAGUCGAGAUUCCCAAUUUCAAAGACGAAAUCCGAGGUCACCGUCUUCUUCGAGACAAAGAAGCCGAUCGCUUGCCAUGUCUGAACAAUCUUUACCACGAUCGCCAAAUCUGGGUAACCGUUCGGCGCUUGGUAUAGAGAAGGCGAUCUUCAGGAAUGAAAAUUCUGGUGUACCGAAAGUCUCUAAAUGGACCAGAGUAAAGGCUGCUUUUAAGUGGGAGAGAGCCUGUCCCAAUGAUAUGACAGAUUCAAACAUCGAACAAACAUCAACGACACCGAGCACACCAACUACGAAGUAUCUUCGAAUUCCAGAUAUUGCAUCUGGGAAUUGGUCCUGUACCGGGGAACUCUCAGGACCCUCCACGCCACUCGGCCGACCCUCUUCAGCUUUUUCUUCCAACGAAGAUGUAUUUGAUCGUCAGCGAAAAUACAUAUCCGAUUCUACUGAUCGACGAAUAUCCCGAGCGAAAGAAAUUUCGAAAAGAAACGAAUCUACCGUAUGCAACAAAUCGCCCGAAGAUGACAUUACCGUGACUAUCGAUGACGACACCGUACAGAAUGCGAGCGAAAUACGCGAGACUAAUCAAGAAAAACCACUAAUUCGAAUCACGACGGAAAGCACUUCUGAACCCCAAGUCAAUAUAUCUAAUUCGAAAUCUUCAUCGAGUUCUGAUAAGGAUGCAGAAGCUACACUUAAAAAGCCGACACCGACUUUAACUAUCACAAUACCAUCUAGCGAAGAAGAAUUCCGAAACGUUUCUUCGCCGGAAUCUACUUCGCCACUUCCUUCCAGCACGCUUGACUCCGGUCAAAGUUCACCGCAUCAAGUAAAGGCUCGUCAAAGUGGUCAGAAUUUGACGGAAUUUAAACGACAGCGAUCCAUUGUGGAGGAAUCGUCGGCUUCAAAAAUUCAGAGAAUGGAUUCUAAAUGGAACAAAGUUAGACGGGCUUUUCUAUCCAACACUGCUUUCAGUGUCCCACCAAGUCCAGUGAGAGUAAUAGCUAGACAAUCCUUUCUUCAGGAUGAAUCAGAAACACCUAGAGCUCGUAGUUGCAGUGGCAGUGUAGAGGAUUUAUCUAAGAACUCCUUAAUUUCAAACACUCAGCUGGAAACUCGACGAGAUUAUCAAGCAUUGCGCGAAAAGCUUGGAGCUGAAUUUCAUCAAAAACUAAUAGAAUGGGAACGAUUAAAGAGAUCUACGGGAGGCAAUACGAGAAGCACUCGAGAUGCAUUUACUCCCAGCAAUGGAACAACACCAAGCAGUCCUCACGAAAGUUUGCUUUUGGCGGAAGAUAGACUAGCUCCAGAAUUCAAGAAGAAACUUCAAGAGUGGAAACGGUCGAAGAAAGGACGAAGAGCGAGUGCUUCCACAGAAUCCCAACGAGUUAAUCGACGACGCUUAACGGAUUGGCAGCUCUGGCGGUAUCCUUCAAAACCGGAAACGAAAGCUCAGGAAGUGAUGGGUCCUCGUCGUAGCUGCGGAAGCGUUGGUAGUACCGGUAGCAUUGGAAGCGAUAGCAGACUUCACUUGUGUGAGGAUUUUGUAAAAAGAAUGGAAGCCUGGAGAAGACUUAGUGAGGCAUCGAGAAGACCACCAUCUGCUCGAUUAGGUUUCACCUCCGGUAUUGUGGACGAGACAGAAUUUCUUGCUUUGGACAGAAUUCUCUCAGUUUUUGGAAACAUCGAACAGGAAACUCAGCAGGAUAGUGAUUGGUUUGAACGAAGAUCAAAUUUGACCGAAAAAUCGCAAAAUUUUAAAUCUGCUAAUGAAAUCUUAAUCCGGACAUCAGUUGGUUCCUAUCGCUUCGAAGGUAUAUCUCAAGAAUUUACCAGGAAAUUAUAUGAUUGGGAAAAGUUCCGUGGCAUAUCCCCGAGAUCUUCAACAUUUCGUUUAUUAGGUCCGGCUUAUGCAUCUCUUAUAGAAACGGUGAACGAUUCAACGACAACUGACGUCGCAACUACAGCAGAUGAAGAGGAGGUUUUCCUUGGUGGUAUCAAGAGAUCUAAAUCGCUGGGAAGUGUUGUCGAAGCUAGCGAACGUACGCAACCAUUUAUUCGUCGUCCUGCUAGUCUAUGUUCAUUGAACUAUUUGACCGAAAAGUUGAAAGGAACAGAUUUUAUGGCUGAUUCCCCAGCACUUGUAGGCUCAGAGAGAAGGCCAAAUACCUCAGUAGAUAGGAUCAUUGACGACUUUGAACCAGAGGCUGUGAUAGUCGAUAUCGAGGACGUCAUCGAAGAAACGGCUAGUCCCUUGAGAAGAGUUCAGCCUCAUCAGACUCCAGUUUACUCCGUAGCAGCCAGCGAAACGACUAGUAUAGCUGUACCUCUUGGUACGGUGACGUCUAGUCACGAACCAUCUCCAGCGAUUCUGAUGGAAGUCGAAGAUGAUCCGAACAGAGAACAUUGGGAGUCAAGAAACUGGAACUUGAGGACUGAUCUUUCCAUUCGGAAUUCUUCUGUUCCAGGCAAUUGGCUUCCAUUCUGGGGCGAAAAGACACAUUUUUCAGCAUACGAUAAGACUAACCCAGAGUUUGAAGAAGAUCGGCAUCGAAGAUCAGAUCAUUGCUACCAACAUAUUUCCGAUCAAAAAACGUGGACGACUGUUGGUUGGAAUAAAACAACCAAGUAUCCAUCUGAUCGCUCCUUCGAGUUAACUCAGAACGAGCAAUUAUUCGAUAGUAACGAGGAAGAAUAUAAUUGCAUGAAUUUGAAGAGUGAAGUACGAGGUAUUCGUUUUGGGAGAAAUAACGAUGAUAAUGCGGACAAAACUUGGAUGAUGACUGAUGAAUGUAUUGAAGAUACACCUGUAUAUAAUGUGUCCAAAUCCGAAGAAAUUCCGACUAGAACUACGGGAACUAGAACUAUGGGAGAAAUGGAAGAACCAAUGGAGUUGCCGUACGAGGAUAACGAGGAGCAAAGGAGCGAAAGGAAGGAGCUGAAAAGAGACGAGGAUGACAUUGACGACAAGAACGAUGGCAAGAAAGAAAUCCCUAAUGGAAACAGAAACGAAAGGAAUUUAAGCUUCUCUUACCAUCAUCAAUCUGGAGCUGUCGAUAAUCACACUGUCGAUAAUCUAGGAAACUUUUCAGGAAGUUCUACUGUAUCUUCGAAAUCUGAGUCGGAUUUCUUUCGGAAUAAUAAUGUUGGUGCAAGUGAAAUCUCAAAGGAGGAAAAGGAUAUUGAAGAAAAGUUCUGCAUAGAUAACAAAAUAUUUCCAUUACGUCAAUACGCUGACUUUAACGCAAUGAGAUGCUCUCACGAUUUUUCUUCCUCCAGUAUUAUUGAGAAUAAAUAUGGAAACAGUAAAGAAAUUCGAAAUACAGAAAUUUCGAAGGAAGAAGAGAUUGCGAGGAAAAAUCUGUCACUCGUAAAAGGAAUUGAAACAAUCCGAAAGACAGACCAGAAAGAAUAUCGUUCCUUUGAGAGGAUUUCAACACCGUUUAAGAAUGGUAAUCUGGAGUAUCGUGAACCAACCAUUAGAACGACGCCAUUAACUGUAUCGACGCAUCGCGGAGCACGUUGCGUCGAAAGAAUCAUCAUCAACGAAGAAACUCUAAAGAAGAUAGUCGUGCCUACAGCGAGCAGCGACAGUGCGAGCAGCUCGUCGAGAUCGAAAAAGGAUGAGCCUUCGAAUACUUCGAAUAAUCAUUCAGACUUGGAUGAAGCUUGUAACGACAACAACAAGCUUCCUGUUGAACUUGGCUCUCACGUUGUAAAUCAAAAUGUGAAUAAUGGCAUACGAGCGAAACAGAAAGCAGAAUCUACUUCUCGAAACGUUUUCAUAAAGACCAAACGUAUGAUAUUUUCACCUUUCCGUCGUGCUUCUCAUGAAAGAGAUAUCGAUGAAUCCACCUUGAAUCGAGUGGAAAGACCAAAGAGCAAGAGUAAGAGUAAAUCAAGAUCGGCAUCGCCCAGAACUUCGCGGCAUGAAACUGUGCCUCGAACGCCUCUGUCUCUUUCAUGGGCCCUUCGAUCUUCCUCGAAAGAGCCGGAAACAAAGGACGACGUUCCUUUUGAACGACGUGGAGAGGAAAGGUUCUGGUUUCAAAAAUAUCACAAGCGUACACGUUCAGGGGAAGAACGUGUUGUUCAGAACAGUAAAAUGAUAACUGAAAAAGAAGAAAAGAAAAUUAGUACCGAAAAGGUGGAAAUUAGUACAAGUACGCGUGAUAAAGAUAUUAAUAAAGAAGUCGCGUAUGUCGAAGAAAAGAAAGUAGUAGAGAAGAAAGAUGAGGAACAAAAAAAAGAUUAUAGAAAUCCUAUUGACGACGGUUACGAAGAAAUUAUAGUUCGAGAGACUGAACAGGAGCAUCAUUUAUCUGAAGUACCAAUUUUCGGGAUACAGGAAGAAGAUGAAACAGAACGUUCCACGAUAACGGAGGAUAAAUUGCCUUCAGAUCUUGUACACAAAUUACGGAUCCUUUCAAAUGCGGCGGCGAGAAGGGACGGCAGAAUUGGUAGUUGUAUUGCUACAACAGAGUCACGGAGCUCGAGAAUACAACGGGCAAAAGAGGGCUUCCUAUCGCGUCGUGGUGGUCCCUUAUGUCAAUCCAUGCUGGAGCCUUUGACACCCGUAACUUCAAAUCAAAAGGACGAUCCACUUUCCAUGGACGAUCGCAAAGAUUUGACUUUGAAUAUCGAAAAUGUAAAUCGUGAAAAUACAAAUCGGGAUCCUUUAGUCGAUUGUCCGACUGAACCGUCAUCCGUUUCACGAUCACCAACCCUUUCUCAGAACUCGAAUUCCAAGUCUGAUUUGGUAAAAUCUGCUAGCGCCGGAAUGAUAAACGUCGAUCCAGAUACUUUUGGUCGACUUGCUAGUAGUAAUCGUGGAUGUGAAUCCUUACCACGAACGAUAUCGAAGCGAAGAGAUUCUGAUGGACCCUUAGCAAGAAUAGUCAAUAAAUUAAGAUUUUCAAAAUUGAUGCGAGGUAAGGACAAUGAAGAUGGAAAUAUGAGUACGAUCUCUACGUUAUGUCGGCAAAGUUUACUUAUUGACGUUCGUUCCGAUCUCGAGGAAAACUAUGAAAACGAAGAUCAGUCGGACGAAGAAGAGGAUGAAAAUAGCAAGGAACGUCGGUGAGGCUAAAGCGGUAAGAAGAGGAAUCGAGAUUUAUGAUUGACGAUGUUUAACGAUUCGAUGGUGUUCUGUAAAUUAUAAUUAACUAUUUUAUCAAACAGAAAUGAAUGAAACGAAGAGUUAAGUAUAUCUAUUCAUCUUCAUAAUCUACUAUUUUCAUACAUUAAUGAUGCUUAACGAAGAGGAAUUUAAAUAAUAAAUGACACGAGAUAUUUUAGUA